UGAGGUCAGAGCCCUCUGCUCCUCCAGGAGGCGCAGGUUCUCCUUCUUCCUUUGCAGACGCUCCAGAUCCUUGAGGACGCCUUCGUGGAGCCGCUAGGGUCAGACAUACAGGUCAAACCCGCUGCAGAUACCAGUCUACUUCAGGCCACACCAGUGUCCAUGGAGCCACCACCGGGUAAACCACAGAGGGGCUUAUUCUGAGAUCAAACACCUUAAACUCCUUUGCAAUGUCAUUGCCUAUCCGACCAAAGUUAUUUUUCUGGCUCCUCCCAUUCUCCCAGACCGCCUGCAACACUCCUUUUGCAGGAGAACUACAUCUCCCAUGAGGCUGCCUGUGUUUACUGUGACGUCCUGCCGACUGGCCAAUGAGGAGCCUCGCUACCGGCGGGGGCGUGUCUUCUGGUCCCGUUCAGAGAAAGUGCCACGGCUCUGCAGCCUGACAGACCCCGGAGAGAUUCCUGUGAGACUUCCACUCUGACAUCAUGGACCUCUCGGACCCUCAGACUCUCGGCUUCAUGGUCUUUGGAGGGUUCAUGUUCCUGUCGGCGGUGGGCAUCGCUCUGGUGUCCACGCUGUCCAUGAAGGAGACGUCCUACGAGGAGGCGCUGGCCAAACAGCGCCGCCAGCUGGUGCAGGCGCCGCCGCAGAGAGCAGAGAAGAAGAAGAAGGACAAGAGCCUGGAGAAGAAGAACAAAGCCCGGAAGAAGGACGACAACAAGCUCCCAGAACUAGGCGGCGAGGGGCCGGAGGUCGCGGCUCGUCCCGAACCAGAAUCUGAGCAAGAACCGGCUGCCGCCCCCGAACCUAAACCAACACCGGAUCCAGAACCCACCGUGGUCACCGCCGCUCCCACCGCCGCUCCCACUGCCACCCCCACCGUGGUCACCGCCGCUCCCACUGCCACCCCCACCGUGGUCACCGCCGCUCCCACUGCCGCCCCCACCGUGGUCACCGCCGCUCCCACCGCCGCUCCCACUGCCACCCCCACCGUGGUCACCGCCGCUCCCACCGCCGCCCCCACCGUGGUCACCGCCGCUCCCACUGCCACCCCCACCGUGGUCACCGCCGCUCCCACCGCCGCUCCCACUGCCACCCCCACCGUGGUCACCGCCGCUCCCACUGCUGCCCCCACCGUGGUCACCGCCGCUCCCACCGCCGCUCCCACUGCCACCCCCACCGUGGUCACCGCCGCUCCCACCGCCGCCCCCACCGUGGUCACCGCCGCUCCCACUGCCGCCCCCACCGUGGUCACCGCCGCUCCCACUGCCGCCCCCACCGUGGUCACCGCCGCUCCCACCGCCGCCCCCACCGUGGUCACCGCCGCUCCCACCGCCGCCCCCCCCGUGGUCUCCGCUCCCACCGCCGCCCCCACCGUGGUCACCGCCGCUCCCACCGCCGCCCCCACCGUGGUCACCGCCACUCCCACCGCCGCCCCCACCGUGGUCACCGCCACUCCCACCGCCGCCCCCACCGAAUUCACCGCUGAUCCCACCGCCGCUCCCAUCGCCGCCCCCACGGAGGAGCCUCUGGCCCCCGGCGAGGAGCCUCUGGCCCCCUCACCGAAGGAGAGGAAGAAGAAGAAGUCGGCUAAGGUGGAGCCGGCUGCUCAGGAAGUUCUGCUCACGGCCGCGGCGCCGGUGGUGAACGUCGGCACCGAAGUCACCAGAGAAGCUGCCGAAGAGCCCAAAGAGACGGCCGGCAAGAAGAAGAAGACCAAAGCGGAGCCGGGCUCCGCCCCCUCGCCGCCGUACGCCGAGCUGCUCGCCGCCGUGUCCGAGGCGUCGCUCAGCCAGGACCAGAAGGCCGGCGUUCGUCACGACUCCUGGAAGCUGGCGAGUCCCAAAGGAGACGCCGGCCUGAGGAAGCAGCUGGAGGAGAAGCUGCUGAGCGGCGAGCAGGAGGCCGCCGCCCACGCCAAGAGCCGCCUCCGAGAGCUGAGCAAGGAACUCGCUGCAGAGAAAUCCAAGAUGGCGUCUCUGGAGGCCCGGUUAAAAGCGGAGCUUAGCGCUCACGCUCAGAAGGUCGACGUCAUUCGGGCCACGAUGGAGACGGCGAACCAGGACCACCUGAGACAAGUCCAGCAGCUCCACCAGCAGGUGAACUCGUCUGAAAUGGAUCAGCUGAAGCUUUGCGUGCAGCUCAGAGAGGAGCAGGUUGGUGCGUUGGAGGCGGAGCUUACUCAGAUGAGGGCGGAGCUACUAUUGCUGACAUCAUCUCAGAGUCUGAAGGAACAGGAAGUGGAAGCAGCAGCUGGUGCCGAGAUGCAGAAAGACGAUCCAGGAAGUGAGUCUGAUCAACCGUUUGAAAGUCUGGAGGAAGACUCUCAGCUGCUGCGUCUGGAGGAAGAACUUCUUCAAACUCACAACGAGCUGAAGGACAAGAUGGCGUCGCUCUCCACUGCAGAGCGGCGAGAGGCGGAGCUUCAGGCGGCGCUGACUGAAGUACAAUCCGGGUUCUCAGCCCUGCGCUUGGACUUCCAGGCGUCCCUGCAGGUUCUGUUUCCUAGUGUUUCCAUGGAGACGGAGCAGAUAAAUUGGCUGGAUCUUUUCACCCAGAAGGUUCAGGAGAGUAAACACUCAGCAGAGAGCGCUCACUCUGAGCUGCAGUCGAGGCUCAACGAGGCCGACAGGAAGCGGGCCGAGCUGCAGACGGAGUUCCUCCAGAACACGAAGCGGCUGCAGGAAACGGAGGCGGAGCUUCAGGCUUCACACAGACGAGCCGAAGAAGAAGAAAACGUCUGGAAGAGUAAACUGUCUGAAGCUGAACUGCAGAAAGAAAUGGUCCUGGAUCAGCUGAAGCUGCUGGAGGAACAUCUGGAGGAGCAUCUGGAGGAGCUGGCUGAGGAGGAGGACCAGGUCCAGGAGGAGGUCCAGGUCUGAACCCGGUCCCUGGCGUCUGGUUUCCAUGGUUACUUGUUUUACUGAACUGACCAAUAAACAUACGUGACUCAA